UUUCCUUCUGUUUUGAUUUGCUUCUACUUAUUUUAAUUCCUUCCUCUGCUCAUUUCAAUUCCUUCCAGACUUGACUUCUUUCCCUCUAUUUUGAUUAAAGUUUAAAGUGAUUUAGGCCAUAGAGAUGUAUCUUCGUCAAGAUCUGUGGUGAGUUUUUUGCCAAACUCAGCGGCGCCAUCGCUAGUCAGCUGUUCGUCUUCCUCCUCUGCAACGUCAUCAUCGCUACUCUCCUCGCCAAGUCCGGUAGAUUAUCCACCGAGAAUCUUGAAGGCAACAAUGCCGAGGAUGAACUCUACGAGGAAGUCGUCAGAAACACUGAAAAUUGCCAACUGCAAUCUUCGGAAGAUGCUGGGGAACUCUCCAUAGAAGAGAUUGAUUUGGAAAUGCAGGGCAAUUUGGCGUCGGAUCUUGAUUCUGAUUCGGAUUUGGACAUGGAUAAUCCGAACUCUUACCGGAGGAGCAAGUAGGAGAAGUUCGUUAGACCGGGUGUGGAGAAAGGAAAAAGAAAAAAAGGGUCAGGGAGCCAAUGCAGAAGGGAAUGUGCUUUGAAUGGCAUGACAAGUGGUACGGGAAAAGAGCAUGAAGUUAUUUUUGCUUUAAGUGAAGAGAAAAAAUCCAAAAGGAAAUAAUCCAGUUAAGGGGAGAGUUAUGUUAUGGCCAAGCAAUUGAAGAGGCUCUGUUUCCUGAUACCAUCCUAAAAUUGAUUGAGAUGAAGAUGAAGGGCGCUCUCCAUGAAUUAAGCAACAAAGUCUCUACAUUGCAGGGGAAUUUGCAAGGGAGUUUAGCAAAUACUGUCUCUUGCUUGUUGAGAGAAAGCCUAUUUGGCUUUUGUGAUUGCAAUGUUAAUUGUAUUUGUAAUGAAGGAUUAGGAAUAUAGUGUCAUUUGUUCCUAGGCAGGCUACGGGUAGGAGAGCAUUUUGUAGGAUGUGUAUAUGAUUCUGUGAUAGCAAUUGUGAUUGCCCAAAACCUAGCACUCUAUGUAUUUUGGCAAUUAGCCAUGAUAUAAAAAUGCAAAAAUUUU